AUGUUGCAAGCGCCCUCAAGUUCAAACUCGGGUUUGAAUCAAGGAAAUGCUGCGCCGGACGGCCCACCUAACGAAACACAGCCGUACGAAGGCCUCGACGCGGCAGCUCAAGAAGAAAUAAAAGAAUUGGCAAGAACGCUGACGAGCCAAUCUUCCCUUUUAUCGCAAGAAAAGCGUAUUACCGGCACUGGCGACCCGAAUACACUAACUGCUGCUUCUUCAUCGUCAUUGAGCCGGUCAAUUUUCGCUAGUGAUAUCAAGGGAGUUAACCCAAUCCUUUUGGACGUCAAUGAUCCAGACUACGAUGAGACAUUGGAUCCUCGAUCAGAAAAUUUCUCGAGUGUCAGAUGGGUACGAAAUAUGGCACAAAUAUGCGAGAAUGAUUCGGAUUUCUAUAAACCGUUUUCAUUAGGUUGCGCCUGGAAAGAUUUGAGUGCCUCCGGUGAUUCUGCCGAUAUAACAUAUCAGGGAACAUUUGGUAAUAUGCCCAUCAAAUACUUGAAAAUGAGUUGGAGGUGCAUAUCCCGACGUCUUUUCCACCGGACACAUGGCAAGAGUGAAGAUAAUGACUCCGGUUUCCAAAUUUUGAAGCCGAUGGACGGAUGCAUCAAUCCGGGGGAACUACUUGUUGUGCUUGGACGACCCGGUGCAGGAUGUACUACGCUGCUGAAAUCUAUAUCUGUAAAUACACACGGAUUCAAGAUUUCUCCGGACACAAUCAUCACGUACAAUGGAUUCUCCAACAAAGAGAUCAAAAACCAUUACCGUGGUGAAGUGGUCUACAAUGCAGAAUCAGACAUUCACAUCCCGCACUUGACAGUAUUCCAAACUUUAUACACAGUGGCAAGACUGAAGACACCAAGGAACCGAAUCAAGGGUGUCGAUAGGGACACAUUUGCCAAACACAUGACUGAAGUGGCAAUGGCAACUUACGGACUGAGCCACACUGCAGAUACAAAAGUGGGUAAUGAUUUUGUUCGUGGUGUAUCCGGGGGAGAAAGGAAAAGAGUUUCCAUUGCUGAAGUGUCUAUAUGUGGCUCGAAGUUUCAGUGCUGGGAUAAUGCCACGAGGGGCUUAGAUUCUGCUACCGCGCUGGAGUUCAUCAAGGCCUUGAAAACGCAAGCCACUAUCACAAAGUCUGCAGCCACUGUGGCCAUUUACCAAUGUUCUAAAGAUGCCUAUGAUUUGUUCGAUAAAGUCUGUGUUCUUUACGAUGGUUACCAAAUCUUCUUUGGCCCAAGUAAGCAGGCCAAAAAGUACUUUCAAAGAAUGGGAUAUGUGUGUCCCGAAAGGCAGACCACAGCAGAUUAUUUGACCUCUAUUACUAGUCCUUCUGAAAGAAUUAAGGACAAAGACAUGGUCAAACAUGGAAUUAUGAUCCCACAAACGGCCUAUGAAAUGAACCAGUACUGGAUUCAAUCAGAGGAAUACAAACAAUUACAGGUGCAGGUGAACAAACAUUUAGAUACAGACUCUUCCCAGCAAAGAGAACAAAUAAAAAAUGCACAUAUUGCCAAACAAUCUAAGAGAGCACGGCCCUCCUCUCCUUAUACAGUAAGUUUCUUUUUGCAAGUUAAGUAUAUUCUAAUCAGGGAUAUAUGGAGGAUUAAGAAUGACCCAAGUAUUCAACUUUUCACGGUUUUGAGUCAUGCAGCAAUGGCUCUUAUCUUGGGAUCAAUGUUUUAUGAAGUCAUGCUUUCCACUACCACAACAACCUUUUAUUACCGAGGCGCGGCUAUUUUUUUUGCUAUUCUGUUCAAUGCGUUCUCAUCACUUUUAGAGAUCUUUUCACUCUAUGAGACGAGGCCCAUUACCGAAAAGCACAAGACUUACUCGUUAUAUCGCCCAAGUGCUGAUGCCUUCGCCUCUACAUUUUCUGAUGUUCCAACAAAAUUAGCCACGGCAGUAACUUUCAACAUACCAUAUUAUUUUUUAAUCAAUCUAAAAAGAGAUGCCGGUGCUUUUUUCUUUUACUUUUUAAUAAACAUUAUAACAGUUUUUGCUAUGUCGCAUUUGUUCAGAUGCAUUGGCUCAGUGUCGAAAACUUUACCUCAGGCAAUGGUUCCCGCAUCUGUUCUUCUGUUAGCUUUUGCAAUGUACACUGGGUUUGCCAUCCCAAGAGUCCAAAUGCUUGGCUGGUCAAAAUGGAUUUCUUAUAUCAACCCAUUGUCUUACCUUUUUGAAUCGCUAAUGAUUAACGAAUUUCAUGGUAGAAAUUUCCCAUGUGCUCAGUAUAUACCUAGUGGGCCAAAUUAUGUCAACGCAACAGGUGACGAAGUCACCUGCUCCGCCCUCGGUUCUAUCCCAGGAAAUAAUUAUGUAAGUGGUGAUGAUUUCAUUCAAACGAACUACGGCUAUCGACAUAAGAACAAAUGGCGGUCUGUUGGUAUUGGUUUAGCAUACAUUAUUUUUUUCUUAUUUCUGUAUUUAUUCUUUUGUGAAUACAAUGAAGGAGCAAAGCAAAAUGGUGAGAUGUUAGUAUUUCCCCAUAGUGUGGUUAAAAAGAUGAAGAAGAAGGGUAUUGUCUCUGAGAAGAAAAAGAAAAACCAACCAACGUUGUCAACAUCUGAUGCUGAGAAAGAUGUAGAGAUGAACAACAAUUCAAGUGCGACUGAUUCAAGAUUUUUACGCGAUUCUGAUGCAGCUAUAAUGGGUAACGAUAAAACUGUCGCCAAGGAGCAUUAUUCAUCUCCUUCAUCUUCUGCGUCUCAAAGCAAUAGUUUUAGUAAAAGUGAUGACAUUGAAUUGUCCAAAUCACAAGCGAUUUUUCAUUGGAAAAACUUAUGCUACGAUAUCCCGAUUAAGAAUGGGAAGAGGAGAAUUUUGGAUAAUGUUGAUGGUUGGGUCAAGCCUGGUACACUAACUGCCUUGAUUGGCGCAUCUGGUGCAGGAAAAACAACGUUAUUAGAUUGUCUUGCCGAGAGAACCACGAUGGGUUUAAUCACUGGUGAUGUAUUCGUAGAUGGUAGACCGCGGGACCAGUCUUUCCCCAGAUCAAUUGGUUAUUGUCAGCAGCAGGAUUUGCAUUUGAAAACCGCAACUGUGAGAGAGUCAUUAAGGUUUUCCGCGUACCUGCGUCAAGCCGAUGAUGUAUCCAUCGAGGAGAAAGAUAAAUACGUUGAAGAAGUCAUUGAGGUAUUGGAGAUGAAACUUUAUGCUGAUGCCAUAGUAGGCGUUCCUGGUGAAGGUUUAAAUGUGGAACAAAGAAAAAGGUUAACCAUAGGUGUGGAGUUAGCUGCCAAACCAAAACUGUUGGUAUUUUUAGAUGAGCCCACGUCUGGGCUUGAUUCCCAAACUGCAUGGUCAACUUGUCAAUUAAUGAAGAAAUUGGCUAGUCGCGGACAAGCAAUUUUAUGUACCAUUCAUCAACCUUCUGCUCUCUUAAUGCAAGAGUUUGAUAGGUUACUAUUUUUGCAAGAGGGCGGACAAACUGUAUAUUUUGGAGAGCUAGGGAAAGGUUGCAAAACAAUGAUUAACUAUUUCGAAGCUCAUGGUGCCCAUAAAUGCCCACCAGAUGCCAAUCCAGCCGAAUGGAUGUUAGAAAUAGUAGGUGCUGCACCAGGAACUCACGCUAGUCAAGAUUAUUUUGCCAUUUGGAGAGAUUCUGAAGAAUAUAGGGAAAUGCAGAAAGAGUUGGACUGGAUGGAACGAGAAUUGCCUAAACGGACGGAAGGUUCGUCAAAUGAGGAGCAGAAGGAGUUCGCUACGUCAACUUUGUACCAGAUCAAAUUGGUGAGUUAUCGAUUAUUCCAUCAAUAUUGGAGAACACCAUUUUACUUAUGGUCAAAAUUUUUUUCAACAAUUGUGUCUGAACUCUUCAUAGGCUUCACUUUUUUCAAGGCGAAUACAUCAUUACAGGGCCUACAGAAUCAAAUGCUGGCCAUUUUUAUGUUUACAGUGGUAUUCAACCCAAUAUUGCAACAAUAUUUACCACUUUUCGUUCAGCAGAGGGAACUUUAUGAAGCUAGAGAAAGGCCAUCAAGAACCUUUUCGUGGAAAGCAUUUAUUGUAUCGCAGAUUCUCGUGGAAAUCCCUUGGAAUUUACUGGCCGGUACUAUAGCUUUUUUCGUCUAUUAUUAUCCUGUUGGAUUUUACAGAAAUGCUUCUUAUGCAAAUCAACUUCAUGAACGAGGAGCUUUAUUUUGGUUAUUUGCGUGCGCGUUUUACGUCUACAUCAGUUCAAUGGGGGUAUUAGUGAUUUCAUGCAUUGAAAUUGCAGAAAAUGCUGCGAAUCUCGCUUCACUUUUCUUUAUAAUGUCAUUAUCUUUCUGCGGUGUUCUGGCUACGCCAAAUAUUCUACCAAGAUUCUGGAUUUUUAUGUAUAGAGUAUCGCCACUGACAUACCUCAUUGAUGCUCUGCUAUCGGUAGGACUGGCCAAUGCUAGUGUCGUUUGUUCCAGCAACGAACUUUUAAAAAUUGUUCCUCCAAGCGGUAUGACAUGCUCGGAAUAUAUGGAACCUUAUAUGCAAUCCACCGGGACGGGUUAUCUGCUCGAUGGGAGUUCCGAAACUGAAUGUCACUUUUGUCAAUUCAGUUCUACCAAUGAUUAUCUGGCGACUGUGAGUUCUUCGUAUUCACGUAGAUGGAUGAACUAUGGCAUUUUUAGUGCAUAUAUUGUCUUUGACUAUUGUGCAGCAAUAUUUUUAUACUGGCUGGUGCGGGUUCCAAAGAAAAGCAAAAAAUUAAAGAAAUAA